AUGGCCGCCCAAGGAGAACCCCAAGUGCAGUUCAAACUUGUAUUAGUUGGUGAUGGAGGUACUGGAAAAACCACCUUUGUAAAAUGUCACUUGACUGUUGAAUUUGAGAAGAAGUAUGUAGCCACCUUAGGUGUUGAGGUGGAUCCUCUCGUGUUCCAUACUAACAGAGGGACUAUUAAAUUCAACAUAUGGGAUACAGCUGGCCAAGAGAAAUUUGGUGGUCUGAGAGAUGGUUAUUAUGUCCAAGCUCAGUGUGCCAUUAUAAUGUUUGAUGUUACAUCAAGAGUUACUUACAAGAAUGUACCUAACUGGCAUAGAGAUCUGGUACGAGUAUGUGAAAAUAUCCCGAUAGUGUUGUGUGGCAACAAAGUGGAUAUUAAGGACAGAAAAGUCAAGGCAAAAUCAAUUGUCUUCCAUAGGAAGAAGAAUUUCCAGUACUAUGACAUUUCAGCCAAAAGUAACUACAACUUUGAGAAGCCCUUCCUUUGGCUUGCUAGAAAACUUAUUGGAGACCCUAAUUUGGAGUUUGUUGCCAUACCUGCUCUUGCUCCUCCAGAAGUUGUCAUGGACCCAUCACUGGCAGCACAGUAUGAACAGGACUUACAGAUUGGUCAGACAACUGUGCUCCCUGAUGAAGAUGAUGACCUGUAAGGGAUUGAAGCUAGA